AUGAUCGCCAACAAGCUCACCGUCCUCGCUGCCACUGCUGCUCUUCUUGAGCCUGCUCUUGCUCUCGGCCACCGCCACGGCCGUCACCAGCACAAGCGUGACCAAGUCGUCGCUACCAUCGACGGUCAGGUCGUCUCUUGGGAGAACAACUACUUCCCCGGCGGCGCUGCUCCUGCCGCUACCCAGGCUGCUUCCCAGCCCGAGGCUCCUGCUGCUCCCGCUCCCGCUGCCGCUAAGCCUACCACCGUCAUCAAGGUCGCCAAGCCUUCUCAAGCUGCCAAGUCUGCCUACGAGGCUCCCAAGGCUGAGGAGAAGGCCGCUGCCCCCAAGAAGAUCGAGCAGGUCCAGCAGGUUAAGCAGGUCAAGGCUGCCAGCACCCCCAAGAAGGUCAAGGCUGCCUCUGCUUCUUCCGGUGGUUCUGCCGGUUUCUCUCACAAGCGUGGUGUCUGCUACAACAACGUCAAACUCGCCAACACCUUUGCCUCCAACUGUGAGAACUGUGGCUGGGGUUACAACUGGGACUCCGAGUCUGGCGGUCUUGACAGCGGCCUGAACUUCAUCCCUACCCUCUGGUCUGAUGAUGCUGUCCACGUCGACCGCUUCGCUUCCAACUGCGCCAAGUCCCUUGCCAACGGCGCCAAGGCCAUCUUCUCCUUCAACGAGCCCGACAACGGUGGCCAGGCUCACAUGACCCCUGCUGCCGCUGCCGCUGCCCACAUCAAGCUCCUCAACCCCUACGCUGGCAAGGCCCUCAUCGGUGCUCCUUCCAUCUCCAACAGUGGUCUCCCCAUGGAGGGUCGUGAGUGGCUCGAGAACUUCGUCAAGGAGUGUGGCGACGACUGCCACUACGACUUCUGCAACGUCCACUGGUACUCCGAGGUUGAGUACGGUGAGACUCUCUUCGAGCAUCUCGAGAAGUCCCACGAGAUCUGUGGCGGCAAGCCCAUCUGGCUCACCGAGUUCGCCCCCAAGGGCUCCGACGAGGCUAUUGCUUCUUGGCUCGAGGAGGCCAUCCCUCGUCUUGAGGCUCUCGACUACCUUGAUGCCUACUCUUACUUCAAGGUCGAGACCGGUAUGCUCAUGACCAGCGAGACCGAGAUGUCCAAGUACGGUAGCGUCUACGCCUCCGCUUAA